AGGUAGUCGAUAUUCACAGUGUUUGUUAGCAUUUAGCAAAAGAAGGACGUUAUUGGUGGCCCGUGUAAUUAUUUGAGAAUAUCAAGAUUUGUGCGAACUUAAAGAUUCUCGUCUCAGUGAUAAUUCGAGAUGUCCAUUAAUCAAACACUUGCAGAAAACUGCCUCGAUCAGAGCCUCAAAGAACGCUAUGUAUUUCUCUACGAUCUGCCAAGCUUGCAAGAACUAACAGCUUACGAAGUUUGCCGAACAAUCUGGUACAGCAAUUUAUCAAAGUACCAACAUAUCAAAGCGGAAGAUACUAACGUUAUUCACUGUCGUUUUAUGUUUGGGCUUUUUCUUUUCGAUCAUUAUCAGAAGCACAUUGGGCAACUUAUAAAGCAUUUGAAUGUUCCUGCUUCGAUCGAAGAUAUUCUUGAAAAUUCCAUGAAUAAGGUCUGUAAGGAGAUCGGAAAUUGGGUGAUGGAUUUUUACUAUGGCACAUUAAAACUCGAAGAUCACUGUGGAAUUCGCCUUAUUGAUCCAAAGUGGUGGGUUUGGUCGAUAAAUGGAGAAAUCGACUGUUCAAAGAGUGCAAGAAGGAUUCUAAAAGAUGUCAGUUUGACUGAAUGGCAGAAAUUUCUCGUGAUGUGUAAAUAUUGCAUGGCGGACGAGAUGAGUAAAUUCUCGUUGGAUUGCCUUCCGUCCCAGUUUUUUACUGAAAAUUUUCGUGAAAACAAUUUUAUUUGUUUUUAUUGGAUUUGUUUUCUCAGAAAUGAGCUGCACAGAGUACCAGUUGAAGAUGAUGAUUCAAUAGCCUGGACCAUUUCUAAAUAUCAUGCUGACUUUCAGUUGGUUAAAAAUUUUUCCUGGAAUCGUUUAAAUGACAAUGAGCGAGUAACACUUGUUGCUUAUUGGAUUAAUGAGUCUGUAGCAAGCAAUACACGUGACUUUAUUAGUUUGGAACAAAUUAUUUCUAAAAUGUCUCUGUCUCAGCAACAACGUUUGCUGCGUAAAACGAGCCACACAAUUGUUAAGUGUUUCGCUUCAUAUUCCGAUUCAUCACGAUGCGCACUUUGGGCAUGGAGAUGUGCUGGGGAUCAAAUGGAUGUAGAAAAAUUCGCUGAAUUGGUUGAAGAAUUGUUGAAAACAAAUAUAACUUGGAUGUCAACCUCUUUAUUGGAUGAGAUUUGGAACACAGCGUCUGCUCAUCAGAGAAAUCAUGUUAUUCAGACAAAGAUGGACAAGUUCGUGGAUUUGUUAUUGAUUGAUAGUGGUUCGACAUUCUCUGACCGAUUUCUUCAGUUCAUAUCUGUAGAUGAGAGGAAAAAAAUGAUUUUUAGAAUAACGAAUCGUGAAAUUUUUCAAAAGUGUGAUAUAGAUUUUUUGAGCAGCUUCCUCAACCUGUAUUUACCACACCCGGAUGACCAAUUGACGUUGAGAAAAUUGGUUAUUGAUUCUCCUGCAUUUGUAGAACAUUUAAAAUGCUUAUUGAAAUGCAUGGAGUAUGCACGGUUCAACGAAGCAUUGAAAUUUUACUUUUCUCACGAUGCAGCUGCUGCUCAAAUAUUCAAACGAGACUUCCUGGAACAGAAAUUGAAAACUAUGGAUUUCUUUUUUGCCAUCAAGUUAAUUACAAGUAUUGAUACGUGGAAUGAAUUCAGCCGAUUCAUUGAUGAGGUUUUUGAUGAAGAUUCGAAACCAGGGUUGAUGGUUAAGCAAUGGUUUAUCACAUCAACAUUUACCGAAUUUACCUACUGGGUCAGUCAAUUGAUAUUAAAACUCGUCCCUCAGUUUAGCCAGAGUUUCUAUGAAUUUGUGAACAUUGUCGAAAUGGUGUUCAAAAAUGAAGAACUGAAGAAUGUGAAACGUUUGUUUUUUGAUCAAUUGUGCUCAAUAUCCACUGAUCCUUCGCCUGAUGCCAUUUUUGUGAGACAUUUCCGUAACGAUAGUUUUUUUCCAAAGUUUAUGCAGUGGUGUUCGGUGCAUAAUGGAAAACCAAUUUUAAAGUUUUAAUCUAACUGUGUAAAUA